CUUCAUGACAGAAGUUCAAGAUAAGGACUUAGAUUAUCCACCUCAAAGCCACAAACUUUCCCUCAAGGAAUCGGUUAAAUGCCAUCUUACAAGGAUGGCAAGCAACGAGAAGAACAGCAAAAAAGAUAAUAUAGUAUCAAGGACCGUGCAAGCAAGAAAGUGCUGGUUGUCGGCGUGAGCAUGACCGAUGAUAUUUGCAAACAGCUCUCUGGCAUGCCAUUGUUACAAGACAUCUCAGUUCUCUCUUGUUCCCCAAACAAUCUCCUAGCCAUUUGCAGCAAGGAGAAAUUUCUACUUAUUUUUCUGGAUAAAUACUGCGAAGAGACCUGUAUAUCAAAAAUUUGCUCAACACUGAGGUACGACUCCUCCUCAAUCAAUUCUAAUGUUCCUAUCAUCGGUGUCUCUGAUGCAGAAAGAGAUCAUACAAGCAACUAUGGACUGAAUGAGGUUAUUACAUUCCCCUUGAGAGAAGAGGCUGUCAAUCAGCUGCUUUUGAAGUUUGCUGGAAUCAUUCCCUUUAAAGGGUUACCCUUGACUCCAGAGAGUCCCGAUGAUGAUGUUGCAGUGGCAAGAAAAGCUGCCGAAAUCAUGAGGGAAUCAGAAGAGCAGUCAAUGCUCAGCUUUAAUAAGGAUGGCUGUGUAUCUAAAGACAGCAAAGAGGUUAAGUCAUCGUUUGAUCCUCCAGAGGAACCAGACUCUCCCUCCAAACAAGUCACUUGUAGCUUGUAUAGUAAUUCCAACAAUAAUCUUUACUUACCGUUAUCAUUUCCCAUGGACCAAGACCACAGUACUAAUACCAGACAACAGACUCUAAACUAUAACACUACAGCUUCUCAAGAGUUCACUAGAAGCACUGUAAGUUCAUUUUAUAACGCAGACUCUUUUCGGACAAGGGAUCAUGCUUCUUGGGAAAUUCCCCAGGAUUUUCCAUCAGGUCAUAUGACUCAAAAUGUUGUAUCAGGUCAGCAUAUGGGUAUAUAUGGUGAUCAUGUCAUUGGUUGCCACAGUAGCACUAGUGUAUCUGGUAUAUAUCAACAUAGCUAUCCUGCAGUGCCAGGGUCAAAUCAGUUGCCUUUAAAACCAGUGUCCCAGUAUCUAACAACUAACAACUCUUACGGCAACAAACCACAAGAUAAGUCAAUACAGUCACGCAAUGUUAUCCAACCUACUGGGAAUAUGACAUCCUCUUUACCCACACAAGUGAAAAUGAAUACCUUUGGUACUCCAGCGUACAUGGUUAGUGGGGCACCAGGAACCAAGGACAUGAAAAUAACUAUUCUUCCUGAAGAUCUUUCCAAGCACAGCUCCAAGGAGAGAAUUAGAAGGGAGAGAAUAAAAGAAAGCUGUGACAAGCUACGUUUUCUACUUCCAAAUAUUUCAGGAAAGAAGACGGAUAUGGCAUCUAUCCUUGAAAUGACAGUCAAAUUUGUUAAACUGGUUAAUGAGAGAACACCAGCCCCAGUUAUGCAAGAGAUUGCAGAAUCUCUUUCUGUGGACACAAUAAGUCUGUGUAGAAAAAGGGGCCAAAAAGAGCUGGCAAUACAGCCUUCUAAACAGGCAAAGCCAAGAUUGGUCUCACCACAACUUUCUGUACCAAUGGUCCCUUCUGUAAUGCCUGCAGAUACCCAAGGACACUACAGACUAAGGGGCCCUCCUAUUGUUGGUAAUAAUGGCCCAGUUUACCUUUCACAUGUACAUGGACAACAUUGUACUCCUACUCCUUACCAGUACAGUCAAUACCCACCUACAAUCAACUAUGGUUCGUCAUAUAAUCCCUUAACAAAGGAUAUUCAGGGAGGCUAUUAUCCUGGUACACAUACUAGCGUCGUUAACCAGGGUUAUUCUUGUAAUGUUUCCAAGGAUACCGUUAUUCCAGUGGUUCAGACAUUUCAACCGCCACAAUCCACAAAUGCUCAGAUCUGCCAUCCUAUGAAUGCACAGAUAAAUGUCUGUCAACACAGGCCUUUACCUGGAAAUACUUCUAGUACCAAUAGUGACAUGCCUCAGCAAUGGAGUUUUCUGAAACUACCGCCUAUAAACACAAUAUCUCCUUGUAGUAGUACUCAUUUUAGUAGAAGUAGCAGCGAAGAGCAAUCAACAGGAUCUAACAUGUCAUCCCCUAGUGGUUCAAUGAAUUCACCUUUGUGGGAUGAACCAAGGAAUACAUCUUGUCCUCUAUAGCAAUCGGAUGCCAAAAAUUGGGUCAUAUAUUAUAGAAAGUUUAAUAUUCUGAAGUUGGUUUAAGAUUCUUGUGUUGGAUUAUACAGCAUCGGUACAGUAUGUGUGCGCUGGGCUAAUAAACUAGCUGGGAUGAAGGAAAUAAUUCUUCUUGUCCUCUAUAGCAAAAGGACGCAAAAGGGCUAUAUAUUAUAGAACGUUUAAUAUUCUGGAGUUGGAAUACACAACAUUGGUACAUGUAUGUGCAUGCUGAGCUUUAGACCCCUUGCCUGUGAAGUUAGAGCAGCUCGUCUGGGGAACAAAACAAAAGAAUUCCAAUCUCCCAAGAAUUCGAACCUAUUUUGCCCCCAGAUUGAGCUGCAUUAUAAAGUGCUGCAAGGGGUCUAUUAAACUUCAAUAUUGGUCAACUUAUAAAUGUCAUGCAUGCAAAUGUUAUGUGGUUUAUACCAGUGGAAUUACAUAGGUAGUUAUCACAUUGAUUCCUUUAAUGACACUCAUAGAAAAAACAUUUCCCUUUGUACAACAAUGGAAGACAUUUGAAGUUUUUUAUGAAUUACUAAACGAUCAUUUUGUAUAAUAUUUCAUCUCUUGACAUAUAUAUACCAGAGGUGCAUUAUUGUCUGUAUCCUAAGCUUGGCAUAUAUCAUUAUAGUGAAAUGUAAUGUCAAAGCUCAAUGCAUUUUCUCAAACACUGACAUACAUAAGUAUUAAUGUCCAGUAUACCUUGUGUGGUUUCUUAAUGCCACAUUUAGUUUUUUUGCAGUUCAAUUGACAGUUUUAUAUAUUUAAUACCUUGCUUGCGAUAUGAAACAAUAAUUAUUAUAAAAACCUUGACAGUUAGAGAAAUUUAUCCUAUCACAACCAGAAUAUAGAUUUUUUUCUUAAAUCAUAUGUGACCUCAUGAGAAUAGUAAGUCAAGCUAAUUAACUGAACAAAUAGAAAUGUGUAAAUUAUUCUUGUAUUGGCAAUAGAUUACUUGCAUUAUAGUAUCAUUUACUACCACUACCAGAAUCCCUUGCACACUUUCUUUUGUUCAGUUAAUUAGCACCAAUUGUCUCACUAUUCUCAUGAGGAAACACAAAUUUGAAUAAGAAAGAAAAUUCGCAAAACAUCUUGGUAGUGGUAGUAAAAGGACGCCGUCAUGCAAAUGGCCUAUAGAUAAAACAGCUUAGAAUAAUUAUUAUUUAUAAAAGUUGCAUUAAGUUAAUAAUAUUUUAGAAAAAAAUUUAAACCUGUUGAAAAGUUUGAAUGUUUUGAACAUUUAUACGAAUUAAGAGACAUGCAAUUGACAUUAUAUUUCUGGAUUACGAAUUAUGAUAUGGUAGAUAUAGAAUUGUUAAAUUUUUCCAGAAAGUAUAAAUGUAAAAAAUAUUCGUAAAAAUACUCCAAACUGUUUAGUUAUUCCAUGCAAUUAUUGUAAGUUGAAAAAAGGAAAAGAAAAGAAAUAAUAUUGGUCAAAAUUAAUGUUCAAAAAGAAAAUUUAUAUUUUAAAGGCAGAUAAAAUAUCAUGGCUGUUGAAAUAUAUGUAGAAACAAACAUUGAAUGAACAUAUAUAUUUGAUAUUAUAAUUUACAAGACAGUUUAUUUUUUAUAAUGUUAAUUAAAUUACUUCAAGUCAGGAACUGAAGAUCCUAAAUAUACCUUUAAAUUAUCAAUUGUAGAAGGGAUAAGUUUACAUGGUAUGGUUGGAAGUCCUAGUCUUUUGUAGGCUUCAUAUCUAUGACAACCACCAAAGGAAUAGAAGUAAUCACCACCUUGUCUACCUUUGAUCCAUAGCACGUCGAUGGGUGGGACGAGGUACUUGGUAUUUUGGCCCUAGAAGUAGAUUUCAUUAAACAUGGUUAGAUAUCCUUUCA